AUGGCGCCCGCUCCCUCUUCCACGGCCGAUGAGCCCACGAACCCGCUCGCCGACUACUUCUUCAUAUCCGGCAUCGAGUCUUCGCAGGUCUACGACGAGCGCUCCCAGAACAGCGUCAUUGUCACCUCCCCGCUUGCACAGCCACCCGUCGACGAGACGAUUGAAGAGGACCGCGCCCUAGAGACAGACUCGAUCCGCCCAACCUCACGAGACGGCCUGUCGACCCGCGACAGGGGAAGGUCGAGGUCGAGGUCGAGGAAUCGUUUCAGCGAGAACCGCCAAUCUGUCGGCACAAUCAUUGCACCAGACGCAAAGCCCACCGGGAGCAAUCGAAGCAGUGCCACCAUAAAGGGCCUGCAGCUUGGCGGCUCGGGCCUGAGCGACCAGGAAUUCGACAUUGCCCUGCGCAAAUUUGCCUCGGAGCGCGAUUCAUUCCUCGAAGAGAUACAGUUCACCGCCGGUGUUGCACACCAAUCUCGCUCCACUCCGGCCAGGCCCCGUCCGCGACCUCAGCGGGUGUCACAAACCAACACCGAAGAUGGUGUUGGUAACCUCCGGUCCGGUGUUGGAAGUAUUCGGCGGCGCAUCUCCACCAUGCAGAGCAGCCUCAAGAGGCAGCCGUCGACCGCAAGACAGUCUUCGAUCCGGACCUCAAAGCGCAUGUCCGGGUACAACUCUGUGAUACCGGCACCGCAGCCCUUCCAACCGGACCCGGACAUGCACCCCCUUCUCCGUCGGUACGAGCCUGUUUUGCUGGAUCGCUAUCCUCCGAGGAACAUGGUUGAGGAGCUCAAGAGGCGCAACCCUUUUCCAGACUAUGUGCCCAUGUUUGCUUUUCCAAACGAUGUCAGUGUUGUCUCAUCUGACGAGCGGCCCAAGAGCUUGUGGCACGGAUUUGCCAUGACCAACGGAGACGGAUCCAAGCUUUACGGAAUCUGCCUGAUUGUGUGGCUUCCCUUGAAUGCCACGGCUGCCGAAGGCCUUGAACGCCAAUGCGAAGAAUGGCGAAACCUGCACAUGAAUCCCGAGGAGCGCGAACUCGCAAGCAGCUUGGGCGAGCGCCUGGCCUUGGAGCGUGCCAAGCUGUCGCAACUGCUGACCAAACUUCCGUCUGUAGCCCCUGACUCGGACGAGCGUGAGAAGCUCGACGAUGAAAUUGGCGCAGUGGAGGAAAAGAUCCAGCUCAUGACAGACCUGCUCCGCCCGGUAAGGCAUGGUGCCGCCUCCAAGAUUGAAGGUCUUACCGACGGAGAAACCGGCCUGUGGAUUCCCCGUGCGUAUGGUAUCUUGGGGCGUGACGCGAGUCUCACUCCUUUCUGGAAAGAGUGGCUGAAGGCUGUCGCCGUGCCCAUGACUAACGGUGGAGUCCUUCGCGUCCCACCAAGCUCACCGCGUGUAGGCAUGUGGCAGCCGCUCGAGCGAUACGUGGUCAACCUGUGUGCAGAGGCUCUUAGUCCGAUCACUUCGAUUACCCAGGUUGAGCUUUCGAUCCGAGAGCUUCGCAUGUAUGCUCGCAAGGAAGCUGUCAACGAGUUACCGGGAUCCCGUAACAUUGACAUUUACGCCCUCUUCCGCUGCCUGUCAAACCCGAACGUCAUCACCCUGUUCGAGUAUGUCCUCGCCGAGGCUAGGAUCAUCCUCCUUUCUUCUCACACAGCCAUGCUGCAUCUUGCGAGCAUGGCACUGACCAACCUCAUGUAUCCCUUCCAAUGGACCGGCGUUUUCAUCCCUAUCUUGCCUGCUCGCCUCAUCCAAACCAUCGAGGCGCCAUGUCCCUAUAUUGUUGGAAUCGAGCGUCGUUAUGAGCCCACCGACUAUCCCGAUGACGACUAUGUACUAGUUGAUUUAGACGCAAACUCCAUCGUAUCCAAUGGUCCUCCGCCGCCACCGCUGCCUCGCCAGCAGCGGCGGAAGCUCAUGUCCCUGCUCCAGCAGUCUGCGCCGCACCACACACAGUUUGGCGUGCCCACUGGACCACCUGCUUAUGCCAUAGAGGCAUUCCCAUUCGACACAUUCGCCUCGGAGAAUCCUGGCGUGUUCUCACACCGCGCACAUCCUCUGGCGAUACAAAACUAUGUCGGAAUGAAUUCGACAUCAUUUGGCACAAUGAUUGGGCCGUCUAGCUCGAGGCCUCUGGUCUUCAAUGCCUUUGUGCAAUCGAGCGCCUCCAGUCGCGGAAGCGACAGGCCAUCCACGGCCACGACCAUCAAGACGCACCACUCUCCACCCUCACCCAAGAUUUCUCCCGUUUCCACCGUAUUCCCGCCCAUGCCAAGUACGCCGAUAUCUCGCAGUGAUUCCGGCUACGCGCUGCAAGCCAACCUACGUGAAAAGCGAUCCGCGCAUUUCGACGCCUCAAGCCGGCGCAGCUCCUCGUUUGGUUUCGAACGCGUGCCUCCACUUCGGCGCCCCUCUCAGCCGGUCCUUGGCCACGCGCCGAGUGCGUCCACCUCCUCAUUGAGUCAGGAGUACAAGGCCGGGUCUUCGUACGCGCCAUCGGUUUAUGCGCAGUCGACGCUAGCCGCAUCGACAAUCAUGCCGGGUAUGGCGAUGCAGCAAGUUCGCAACACCUCCACCACCCAGUGGCAGGAAGGUCAUUGUCUGCAAUGGAGGCCAAACGAAGAUCGCGCGACCUGUUCUGUCUGUGACGAAAAGUCGGACGACGGGUUGUAUCGCUGUACUGGCUGUAGCAUGUUUGCCCAUGGUAGAUGUGUGGAAUCCAUUUGCAUCGUAUGCCCCACUGCCUUUCGUCCGGAUCAAGUGCGAGCGUCAUUUGUUCGAUGCUUUGCCAGCCUGUUCUAUACCUAUCGGCGCUACCUCGUUCCGGCUACUGGCGAGCGCAAGAAGUCUGGUAUGAAUUACGAGUUCAAGAUGGAUGAUUUUGUCAAGAGCCUGCCGGCCGAAAAUGUGCAAUACAUUACUACACUGCAGCAGACGCAAGCUUUUAACGAAUUCAUUCAUGAGCGUGAAAGCAAGCCGGCCGAUGAUCCUUCGAUCAAACUUUUCGAUGAGGUCAUCCUAGCGAAGCGCAACCGCGGCAAGUCGUCGUUCUUCUACAAGUCCAAGGUAGACUUUUUGUCGGACACAACAAACCACCUAUGGCGUACUGCCGCUGCGACUCCGCCAAACGCACGCUUUCCAGGCGACUAUCGCUCUGUGGUCAGCCGAAUUCCUGCCAAACUCGAUCCUACACUUAUGAAAGAGCCGCGCGUUAUUCAGGGCGUACCUCGUGUACCUCAGGCCAAAGCCCGGCGCAAGCCCAUUCCGUCCAUGCUUGGACCAGACACCAAUGGCAUCCCCGAAAUACAUACCUCAUUCCUUCGCCAAGCAGACAGCUAG